AAGAUAUUGAUCUUGCUCUUGAGCGCGGGGGCCAAUGGCAUUGAAAUCGUACCGGGGGUAUCCGCCAGUCCAACGGCACUCUUAACCGACUCGGCAACAGUCAUUUUGGUAUGAGAAAGCGGCGUAGAAUGGGGUCCUUUUGAAGAUAGGCGACGGAGCAGCGAGGUUUGCAGCUAUCCCGAAGUGCUGUUCCUUCCGGAUAUGGUCAUGUGAUAUCACGUGUAUUCUAUCCCGCAAUGGGAAUAGUGGACCCAAUUCCACUUUACGCGGUUCUGCCGACCGGAGCGCGUCUUCUUGAGCAACCCACCGCGUUUUUGGGAUGUCACUGUGCCUAGGACGAGCCACCAGUGGCUGAUACGGUAUCUUUGUAACUUCAAUAUACGUUGUGUGUGAUGUUUCGCAUUCAAGGCUUGUGUAUUAUACUUUACACCUGAGAGAAGGUGAAUUUGGACCAUUGAAUUCCCUGUUAAAAGUGACCGCAUCGCAUCUUCCUUCAAUUGUCCGGGAAUCACCUAGAUCGAGUCGGCUUUCGGAGAGACGCACAUCAUGGCGGGGGUGGAUUUUUCACAAAUUUACUCUGCUACGUAUAGCAGCGUUCCGGUCUACGAGUUCAAACUCGAUAGCGACAGCGUUAUGCGAAGGCGGGGUGAUGAUUGGAUCAAUGCUACACAUAUCCUCAAAGUAGCUGGGUUUGACAAGCCAGCGCGAACACGUAUACUCGAACGUGAGGUGCAGAAAGGAGUCCACGAAAAAGUACAGGGUGGGUAUGGUAAAUAUCAAGGGACAUGGAUUCCACUUCCUGAAGGCCGGAUGCUCGCUGAGCGCAACAAUAUCAUUGAUAAGCUAAGACCAAUUUUCGACUACGUGGCUGGGGAUCGUAGUCCGCCACCUGCUCCAAAACAUACAUCUGCCGCGUCGAAACCGAGAGCUCAGAAAAAUGCGGCCGCUAAUCGGAGGGUUGUACAGGAGGAGGUUUUCAGUGCAGUUAAGCCGCAUCGCAACAUGGGGCCACCCAGCUUCACUCAUGAGCAAUAUGAGAUGAACCCUGGGUUCGAUGAAGAUGAAUCAAUUGAACAAGCAACCCUCGAAUCUUCCUCCAUGGUCGCAGAUGAGGAGAUGAUGCAUAUCACCCAGAAUGGCAACUUUUCGCGAAAGCGCAAACGUGGCAUGAAUGAGGUAACUGCGAUGUCAAUAAGCGAACAGGAACAUAUACUCUAUGGCGACCAGCUCUUGGACUACUUCAUGACAGUUGGAGAUGCUCCAGAAGCAACGCGAAUUCCUCCCCCGGAACCGCCAACCAACUUUCAGGUGGACCGUCCAAUAGACGAUUCAGGGAACACUGCUCUCCAUUGGGCCUGUGCGAUGGGUGAUCUGGAGAUAGUAAAAGAUUUGCUGCGGAGGGGAGCAGAUGUGAAGACACUCUCAGUACAUGAAGAAACUCCGCUUGUGCGUGCUGUUCUAUUUACGAACAACUAUGAAAAGAGGACAUUUCCGCCGCUCCUGGAUUUACUCCUGGACACAGUGUCGUUCCGAGACUGGUUCGGUGCCACCAUAUUCCAUCACAUAGCAGAAACCACCCGAAGCAAAGGGAAGUGGAAGAGCUCUCGGUACUAUUGUGAAGUGCUGCUUGACAAACUACGUGCUACUUGUACGCCAGAUGAAAUCGAUGUUUUGUUAUCCUUCCAAGACUCCAAUGGAGACACGGCAGCUUUGGUUGCUGCUCGAAAUGGUGCAUUUCGCUUGGUUCAUCUGCUCCUCACACACUGCUCGCGAGCUGGAGACUUGGUAAAUAAGAAGGGCGAAACAGCUGCCAGGAUCACUCAGCGAGCGAAUCAGUCUGACCGACAUAUCCCGCCGCCGCCUUCCUCUAUCACGAUGGGUAAUGACCACAUCGAUGGGGAAGUUGCUGGCCCGAUUAACGCCGAUCACCAAUCCGUUGCGCCACCGCAAGAAUCCUCCCCCUCCACAUCUGCACUCCUUACUAAGAUUGGAGUAAUCAUGGCUGAAGCGAACAAGAAACUCGCAGUUGGGUACGGGAGCUCAAAGGCCAAUCAACCGGAUCCAGACGACGUUGCCAAUCCAGAGGCUCUAUACGAACAGCUAGAGUUGGAUCGGCAAAAGAUUCAACAACAAACAGCCGACUUGGCGGCGAAGGAGGCCAAAGAAGAACAUGUCAAUGCGCAGUUCGAACGUUACGAACAGCUGAGGAGUCGCUACGAAUCGCUACUGGAACAGAUUCAACAAGCCCGCUUACGGGAGCGGAUCGCAUCAUCAAUAUUACCCACUAACGAGGACCCGAACCCGCCCUCGACUAACCAGAACCAGUUGCUUACCGUCUAUCAGCUAGCCCGACGACUGUGUUCGGCGCAAAAAGCACGGCGUGCCGCCGUCAAAGAUCUCGCUCAACAAACGGCAGAUGCGGGUGUUAGCACCAAGUUUGACGUUCAUCGGAAGCUCGUGUCACUCGCUACAGGCCUGAAAGAAGAGGAACUAGACCCUAUGGCUGCUGAACUGGUAGAGACCUUGGAGUUUGACCGAAUGAACGGAAAAGGUGCAGGGGGCGAGUCCCCCGAGCCAGAGCCCCAGGGGUCAGCGACUUUUCCUCUCCCUGGACCUCCUGUGUCUGUUGAUGCUUAGAACGUACGGAAUGAUUCCUGGUUCUCAGCAUUCAUCCCGAUUUUGUUGUGAGCGUAUCGAUUUCUGCUUUGCUAGAUCUACCAAGGGCUGGAUAUGAUGUUUCACGCAAUUUUUAAUCCCGCAGAGAAUUACGUUUCUCCAAGGUCUCUGCGAUGUGUUAUUUUUGACCUAGAUGGACAUGCUGUUCCUUACGAUUUCGUUUUCUUUUUCCUUUUUUUUUUCUUUGGUCAUAAUUAGCUUCUGGUAGGGACUGAGAAAUUAUGUUCUGCCAGCAGAUACCCAAUUGUUAUUUUCUUUGGAGACAUCCGAUGUGUUUCUUGAGUUUGUCGGCACUAUCAGUGUGUACUUACUGUUCUGACAUGGCACGGUAACAGGCCAAGAACAAGACAGGAAGAAUCUAGCUGAUGG